CGUCGGUUUCCCUUUGCUACUUAAUUUGGAUCCAGAGCAGUGCCUACGUGGAGGAGCUUCCACGCUGCGACUCCGCGGACCUGCCUCCUGACGCCCGCACGACCCCGCUGACAGCGAGCAGCCGUCUCCCGACUCUUCCUCCUGAGGAUCUCAGAACCAAAGGCAGAACUGCUUCCCUGCGAAGGAGCUGGGCACUGCAGCCAUGAAGUAUAUGUUGAGCCUCUAUCUGCUGGGGGUUAUAUUGACGCUGCUGUCCAUCUUCGUUAGGCUGAUGGAAUCACUGGAGGGCUUGCUGGAAAACCCAUUGCCUGGCAGCCCCUGGAUCGUCAGAGGUCAGCUAGCCAACACAGAGCCUCCCAAAGGCCUUCCAGACCAUCCAUCUAGAGGAGUGCAAUAAAACCUCCCUCCAGGCAUCAGGCAGACUUUGGUACACUAACUUCAGCAUGUCCAACCAAGUGUUCCAUUUCCAAAGAAGCAGCAUCCGUAUCUCCAAGGCCUGGAAGGUCCUUGGUUUUGGAUGUUCCUUGCCCUGGAAAAGGGCCUAUUUAAUGUAGAGGUGUGAGUGGGUUGUAUGGCUGUGGGAUGGAGUCUCCGAUCUCCAACGUUUGCCUUAGGUUUUGCUGCCCUCUGGGUGUGACUCUGAGAUGGAGGUGUGCCAGUUUCAGCUGUUGGGAGAUACCACUUCUUUCAGCCCUCCAUCCUAAAGGACUCUUGGACAUAAGUAUCUUGUAGUUGGUUUGAUACUGAGUCUUCCAUGGGAGCUGUUUGGAUAGCAGUUAAGGGAUUGUGGGUUGGCUGUAAGGAAAAGAGGUUGGAAUAUCCAGUGUCCAGGUCCCAAUUAUGCAUUGAGUUCUUCCUCCAAUGUAGUUCUAAUGUGUUUGUAUAUAAUGUCUAAAGACGGCUGUGGGAUGAUAAGACCUGCUCAGGGUGUGAGAGAUCCAGCCACUGUGUGGCUUCAAUGAAUUUUUCUAAUGCAAUAAAUGUGAAUAUAUAUGUUUGUAA